GGCGCUCGGGAUGGCCGAAGACUCGCCCAAGCGGCGCAAGGCCAAUUUCAACGAGGCGGAGACGGAGGUGCUGAUCGAGCAGGUGCUGAGGCACGAGCAGGUGCUGUUCGCCGCCGGGCCCGGCCGGGCCUCCCCGGGCCAGAAGCGCCGAGUCUGGGAGCUGAUCCGGCACAGGGUGAACCCGGUGGCCGCCUGCCCCCGCGACGUGGAGGACCUCAAGAAGCGCUGGCGGGACCUCAAGCGCCGCGACCGGAGCAAGCUCUGCCGCGUCACCCAGGCAGGCCCCGCAGCGCCCCUGCCCCACCCGGCCGCGCUCGGCCUCCUCCUGCCCCCGGACGACGCCUCGCCGCCCGACCACCUCCGCGCCUACCCCGCCGGCCUGCCCGCCCGCAGCGACGCCCUGCCCAUCGCGGGAGGCAUCGACACGCUGGACCUGCCGGGGGCUUCCGCGACGGACGCGGGUUUUACAGAAGAUCCUGGUCCAUCCCACCAACCGUGUCUAGAGAAGAUAAAUCUAAAAGAAGAGAUAGUGGUGAAGGUAGUGGAGCCAGAAGAAAGCUCUGAGGACAUGGCUGUGGUUCCUCCCAGCCAGGAACAGCUUCCUUUUUUGGGGAUUCCGAAUGGAGGCCCUUGUGGAAAAGUAAAAGCCAAAACAAAAACUCAGCCCCAGCCAGAUCCAAUUGAAAUUACGGAAGAAGAUCUAUUGCAGAUCCAGCAGAACCAGCUGCAUGUCAUUCAGUCUGGAUUUGAUAGUAUCAACCACAAUCUUCGGCUGCUGCAGCAAGGCAUGCAAGAUCUCAACAACAGCCUCAACAUCAUGGCGCAUACAUUAGUGGCGAUCAAAAAUGUCUAUGUUAAAAAUAAUGCCGGCCCAGCCGCAUUUGCUACUGUAGCUACUCAAACCACAGCGGGGUACCUGAGUCCUGGGUCCCCCUUGGCUGAGGACAGAGUCAGAGUACCAGUAGCUGGAAGUAGUAGCAGAAGCAGCAGCUGCAGUUCCAGCUCUAUGUCACAAGAGCCAGGCCCAUCAGAAUUUCCAAGGCCCCCACACAGACCUAUUAAGAAGGAACAUCCAAAUGGCUGCUACUAUUUCUGUUUUGCAGAUGUCUGAGACUUAAAUACACGAAGAAACCUGCGGUAAUUAAGAGAGGCUGUUCUGUAUUCUUCUCCAAUAAUUCAUGAUGGAAGAGACAUGUCUAGCUGUUCUAUAGUAUGCUGAACACUUAAGAUCUUCACUCCUAAUGAAGACAUGUCACGUGUAGGAGGCGUAACACUAGCUACAGCUCUUAGAGCCUAGUCCUAUG